GGUUUGUGGAGGACAUGAAUGUAUUGGGAGAGAUGGUACCACCAAACACUUUAAAGAAGUUUGUGAUAGAGGGUUAUAGAGCAUCAGCUUUCCAUCCUGGGUAAUGAAUACUGGACAUCAUCUCCCCAAUCUCGUCAGUAUUACUUUGUGGGAUUUACCGAAGUGCAACAGCCUGCCGCCUUUUGGUCAGUUACCAAACCUAGGAGAGAUUACUCUCGGACGUAUGCAUGGCAUUAGAAGAAUUGACAAGGGCAUCUAUGGUGGACCGGGAGCUUUUCCUCGCCUGAUAGGAUUUCACCUAUGGGCUAUGCACAGCUUGGAAGAGCUGGAUUUCAGGGACGAUCUUCAAACACAAGUCAUGUUUCCUAUGCUUCAAGACAUGGAAAUUUCUGACUGCCCCAAAGUAAGGCUGAAAUCGAGCCCACCUAAUGCUGGCAACUGGACAAUAAUACUCAGUGAUAAUGUACUAUCAUCACGGGUAGAGAGAUGCCACACCUCUGCUUCCUCCUCUUCUGCAGUGGCUUGCCUGUCAGACCAUUUAUGCAAGCUGGUGCCUAUGCAUCAGUGGGUGUUGCUUUGCCACCUCCCUCCCCUUCUUCAUUUACAUAUCGAUGGAUGCGGUGAUCUUAGCAGCGCAUCGCCGGAGAUCAUCCGAGCCCUCUCCUCCUUGAAAUCACUGAUAUUAGAAGACAAUGAAAAGGCAGAAGGACUGCCAAGAUGGUUGGGUGAGCUCACAUGUCUACAGGGCCUGAGUUUAGUAGGCUUUCAAAAGCUGAAGGACUUGGAAGGGAACAUGAGGCAGCUUACUUCGCUACAGUCACUAAAUCUGGAUGGAUGCAGUAUCAUGGAGUCACUACCACAAUGGUUAGAACUCACCUCUCUCGAAAACCUGAGAUUGAGGUACCGCAAAAAUCUGAAUGAUUUGCAACAGACAAUGUGUGACAACCUCACCUCCCUGCAGCCACUAACAUUGGAAAAAUGCGUUAGAACUCCUUCUCUACCUGAAAGGAUGGGCAACCUCAACUCUCUGAAAGAACUAAAAGACGACCAGGCAGAGCAGCCAAGAUUGUUGGGUGGGAUCACAUGUGUACAGCACCUGAGUUUAGAAGGCUUUCCUGAUCUGCUGGACUUGCAAGGGAGCAUGAGGCAACUCACUUCACUAACAUCACUACAUCUGUAUCAAUGCGAUAGCAUGACAUCGCUACCACAAUGGUUAGGAGAACUUGCCUCUCUCAAAUGGUUGACGAUAAAGGAUUGCGGAAAGCUGAAUGAUUUGCAAGAGACUAUGCAACAUCACCUCCCUACAGUCACUAGAAUUGGAAGCUUGCCACAGAAUUCACUCUCUGCCUGAAAGGAUGGGCGACCUCAAUUCACUCAAGGAACUGAAAAUUGAUAGAUGCAAGGGCAUCAGUUCAUUGCCAGAGAGUAUACAGCAACUCACUAAUCUCGAAAAUCUAUGUAUUUAUAUGUGCCCUGGAUUACGGCAGUGGUAUCAAUCUGAUGAGAACGAGAAGAAACUCGCUCACAUAAAAAAAAAGACAAUUUAUUAAUAUAGCUGCUGCAUUAGCAAGACAAGCAGUUGGGGGUGAAUAUCAGGUGGCAAAAUCAAAGCCCUUGAUCAACUUACAAGAUUUUUUUCAUGGCCGAAAUGAGAUUGAUCAGGUCAAACUAGUGUGGUCGGCAUGGAUAUAGCAAGCUCGGAACUGAUGUUUUCAUGAGAGUCCAUAGCAUAUGCAGCAGAUUCAGAGGGAACAAAGCUCAGCACAUCCUCAAUCUCUCCAAAUACACAGUUGUAUCUGCUGGCAUUUAACAGCACAUCGGAGUUAACCACCGUAUGGUUCGAUCACACUCCAGGUCAGGGUACUUGGUAACUGAAGAUCAACUCCACUGAACUGAAGAUCAACCCGUCAUUAAUUAGCGUGUGUGUUGGAUUGGAUGUUGGCUAACUGCUUACUGGUUACUGCUGACUCUGCUACUUUGUUUUACGUUUUCCGUGUUUUGAGGGGUGGUUUUUGUUCCUUUCCUCAUUCAGUUAAGUCUCGACCAAAGGGCAAAAAACAAGUGAUAAUAACCAUUAGGCAGUACUCACGCACACGCUCGGGCUCAUCAGGCAAAAAAACCUAGUGUUGAAAAUUAUGAUUCGGCUCUUAUAUAUAAACCAGCAAGGGACAAAAUGGAACGGAGUAGUAUGUUACUGCAUGCUUGGGACUCCAGCUUAAUUGCCAUACCCGUACAAAUAAGUCCAGACAAAACGUACGCCUACAAUUCAAACUAACUAUUUUCUCUGUCCAAAAAGAAUUAAACUUCAGGGGUUUAUUUCUUUUUAUUUAUUUUUUUUUGUACAGUGUGAGUAAUUAAGAAGCUGAAGAUUAUGCUCUAUUAGCUGUGCUUUGUGCGUAGCAUAGGCGCCAAGACUAGGACGACCUCGAGUCAAUGCGAUAAUAUGCUCCAAAUUAAAGGGCCAUGAUUUUCGGCUUUCGGCUCAUGGCCGCAUGAUGACUUUGCUAUCGUUAAUCAAGUCCUGUGAUAUGACAUGAAAGUAUCGUGGGUGAGCACUACUACCAGCCUGUCUUCCAGAAAUUAAGAUAGCAACUUUGUGCCUUGUGAUCACACACAAGUGUGCAUGCCACUAGCGAGGGCCGGCGGCUCCAUCGCCUCAGCUUUCUGGUGCAAAGUGCAAACAACCUUGCACAGAAUACAGCGAUCGAGCAUUUUGCUCACCAACGUUCCCACGGAGGAGAGAGAGGGAGCGAGCAUUACUCCGGUCCAGCACUUUGUACCUUGAGGUACCGAUUUAAAUCCAACCGUUCAUCCAUCCGGGGUAGGAUAGGGAUUAGGGAACAAAGCAAAAGCAAAGCUCUGAUGCUCCCACCUGCAGCGCUCCUGUGGUGUCUCAUGCCGUCAUGCGCAUGCGCUAACUUCAUCCCCUCCCGCGGCUGCGGCUAUCCUCUGAUUUCAAAGGGCGCCCGUGCGUUUCCGUCGCACUGAAGUUGCGUUGUGCUGUGUUCGUCAAACUCCAAUCUCAUUCCUAACUCGAAUCCUCCUCAAAUCCAUCCUCAACAUCUUCCCCAACCCCCUUAUGUUUCAGCACCCCACUGCGGCAGCUGCGGUGUGCCGCGGCGCUACCGCUGCCUUGUAAGGAGAGAUGGCCUGGCAAUGGACCUUGACCAUAGACAUAAACCACGCAAGAAGCCAGGCAAUGGACACUAGUGGCCUCUUCACUUUGAAAUCCUGACAAAGAUAAGUCAGAUACUCAGAUGAUCAAAAUGCUGCAAUCAUCAGACCAUUAUCUUACCGUAAUGUGCUAAUUACCAAGGAGGAGGGAGGAUCUGGGGGUUAGUCGAGCGACAUCCACACAUCAGCCCAUGGCCCGCCGAAGUCACCGCCGCGCUGAGCUAGUUGCCGUGGCCGCCUCUUCGUCAUCGCAUUAAGGUCGUCCGCGUCGGCCACAUCUGGCCCAGGAGCAAAAAGGGGGGAGUUGAGUUGGGAUGAAGCAGGAAUGGUGGCGGCAGGUUACAGUGAGAGGUAGGUAGAGGUGUUCAGCUAGCUUGAUGGUCGCGCAAGCUUGGCCACGCCUCCACCAUGGAGGACGGAUGCAGAGGAGGUGCCUCAAGGGGAGGAGAUCGGGAGAAUCGGCUUGCGGGCGUCGGGGAGGACCAGAUGAGCGGUGUGGACUCAGCGAGAACGGACCAUGCGAAAACCCAGUUUUACCCCUCCACUUGUUUAGGGCGUGCGGGCGGGAGAAAAUUGUGAUUUUGCUAUCGCAAAAGAAUGGUUUCGCUGGAAUACUAUCCCUUCAAAGUGAUUCAUUAAAAUGCUAUCCUAAACUAAGGGGUGUUCACUGAAAUGCUAUUUUGGAUCUUUUUGUUUGCUAGAAAUGAUUUUACUCUAUUUUAAGUUUUGUUCUGACCAAAAUACCCUUGUGUCCUUAUCACCAGUUCGAAUCGAUCUCUCCAGCCGUCCAGCACCGGUGUUGACUGAUGGAGAAGCUGGGAGCGGCAUCGGCAGAGGCGACAGCAGCGUGCCUCCGCAUCGGCUUCAUCUCCGGCGCCGGCGCCGGCCCCCGCCCCUGCCACUCCCUCACCUCGUCCUCCCCCAGUCAGCGCCGCCGCCCCUAUCCGCCUCCCCCGCCCCCAUCCGCCUCCGCCGCCACCGCCACCCCCAUCCGCCGCCACCGCCGCCACCCCCAUCAGCCGCUGCCCCUCGGUCAGCUCUUCCCGCCCUCCACUCCCUCAACGUGUGGUUAGGGUUUGACUCCAUGGAUGACUCCACCUGGCUACAGAUUGUUGGGAGCCGGCUUGCAAUGUUAAUGGAACAAGGAGGGACAAGCUCACAACCGGCACUUGCUUCACAAGUGACAUGUAAAAGGAGGUUGAAUAUUGCUGAAUCAAGCUCACAGCCGGCUCCAUCAAAGAGGACAUGUACAAAGAAGCUCACACCCAAGAAAAUGAAGCCUACUUGAUUGUGUGCUGUGCAUGUGAGGCACUGUUAUAAGAGGUAUUUUGUGAACCAUGGUGGUGUAUGUGAACCAUGUUGGUGUAUGUGAACCACCUUUGUUGGUGGUGCAUGUGAGGCACUGAUAUUUGAGGUCUUUUGUGAACCAUGGUGCAUGUGAACCACUAUCAUGUUGUGAACCAUGGUGCAUGUGAACCACUGUUAUAUUGUGACCACUGUUAUGUUGUGAACCAUUGUUAUGUGAGGUAUUUUGUGAACCACAUGCUAUUCAAUAUUAUGUCUACAUGCUGUCCAAAUUUGUU